AUGUCUCAAGAUCAGCAUAACGACGAGGCCCACUGGACCGAGAUCGAAGAGGAGGCUCCACAGGAAGGGGAAGUCCCCGACGUGCCUGACCAGGCUGAGGAUUGCAACGAGGGCGCACCGGGAGAGGAGCAGGGUGAGGAUUGCAACGAGGGCUCACCGGCAGAGGAGCAGGCUGAGGAUUGCAACGAGGGCGCACCGGCAGAGGAGCUGGCUGAGGAUUGCAACGAGGGCGCACCGGCAGAGGAGCUGGCUGAGGAUUGCAACGAGGGCGCACCGGCAGAGGAGCAGGCUGAGGGAGCCGCAGAUGGACCUGAUCAAUGUCAAGAUCUGGAGGGUGAAGAGAAACCUGAACUGCCAUGUGAGGAGACACAACAGGGCGAACAGUUCACAGAGGAGGUCGUCUCGGUCGAGGCUCUCGAGACCCAGGAGCACGGUGCCCCUGCACCCGAGGAGGCUUACGAGGGAGAGUGUGCCGAGGACUUUGCUCAGGAGUUCCACUGUCUCCAAUAUUACUCGGGGGACAGCGAGGCCCAAGUAGUCCCGCAGCAGGCUUUCGAGGAGGAGGCUCCUCAGGAGUACCCGAAAGAGACCGACAAUAACUAUGACGCACCGCAGCACGCGCACGAAGUGGUGGGUCCUGGCAGCGCUCACGCCCGCUCGAUGCCUGCGCCGCACGCUGCCGCUGCGCCGCCGAGCGCGAUUGUGAAGCCGCGGACGCGCCACGUGAAGAGCGUCGCUCGCUGGGAGGCGGUGGGGUAUGACCCGCGUGACGGGAGCGACGAUGAGUUCGAGCUGUCGACGUGCAUGGCACCGGUAUACGAGGACGAGGGUGAGGAGGGCAACGAGGAUGCGAGCGUGUUCAAGCACGGCGAGCCGGAUUUCAAGGGGGAGAUCAUGUCGUGCUUCGACGAGCCGAACCUGCUGUACCGGAUCAUUGACCCGAAGACGAAGACGUGGGCGUUUUACAACGACAGCCUGCAGUACGAGAUGCAUGUACAGUUCAUAUUUGGCAAGCACUCGAAACUGCAGCCGCUGGAGAACACGACGUUGCGGCAGAACGAAGAGGGCCAAUACGUGAUGGAGGUGGUCGUGUACCCGACGGAGACUGAGAUGUUUUCGCAGGGCACUGUGAACGGGUUCACAAGCAAGCUGCGCGCGGUGCCACUGACGGUGGACUACCAUAAUGCGCGCCGCAGGAUCACGGAGGAGCUGGUGAACAACGAGACGGCUGCGAUCCAGCAGGUGACGAACAGCGACAACGCGGAGGACGUGCUGCAGGCGUGCAUCGACAGCGGGAUUCCGUUCGUGGACCCCGAGUUCCCGCCGUGCCAGGCGUCGCUGGAGGCUGGGGCGAGCAAGCCGUUCAAGCCGUUUGCGUGGGCACGCCCCCAGGCGUGCGUGCCGGAGGAGAUGGCGUCGCAGGUGCGACUGUUCCGCGCGAGCGUGAGGCCCGCCUGCGUGGACGCUGGCGACCUCGGCGACUCGUGGGUGAUUUGCUCUGUUGCGUCGGUGUCGGAGGACCCUGCGCGGCUGAUGGGGAUGUUCCGCCACCCGGAGGGCAAGGCUGCGGCGCAGCGCGAGCACGCGGUUGGCGCGUACCGCGUGACGUUCAACAAAAAUGGGUGGUGGCGCAGCGUGGUGGUGGACAGCUACCUGCCUGUGUCCGGCGGCAAGCUGAAGUACGCGAAGAGCGCGACGGACCCUGCGGAGAUCUGGCCUGCGAUCCUAGAGAAGGCGUACGCGAAGCUGCAUGGCAGCUACGGGAGGAUCUGCUCCGGCGACCCGCUGCACGCACUCCAGGACAUGACCGGGUUCUCGACGAUGCGCUUCGACGAGUCGCUGACGGACGACAAGGCGAGCGACCAGCUGUUCAGCGAUCUUGUGCACGGGAUUGCUGCAGGGUACACGGUGAUCUGCAGCACGCCCGGGCGCGGGCCGCACGACAAGGACCAGGAGCUGUGCGAGAUGUACGCGCAGGUGGGGCUUGUGACCGGGUGCGCGUACACGAUCCUGGAGGCGAAGUACAUCGAGAGCAAGGAGCUGCGGAUGGUGAAGGUACGCAACGUGUGGGGGCACAGCGUGGAGUGGAGCGGCAACUGGGGGAACGACGACACGAAAUGGGACGCGAACCCGGACAUCGCGGAGGAGUGCAACUUCCAGAAGGCGGCGGAUGGGAUGUUCUGGAUGUCGUGGAAGGACGCGCGGAAGUACUUCAACGGUGGUGGCGUGUGCUUCACGCACCAGGCGGCGUACGACUACCGCAUGAACUGCGUGUUCACGGAAGGCGUGCCGUCCGCUGUGCUGGAGAUCGAGGUGCAGUCGCCUACGUGCUUCACGUUUGUGAUUUCGCAGGACGACAAGCGGUGCCAGGUGAACGCGUCGGAGUACAAGCCUGUGAUGAUCAGCAUUGCGGAGCCCGUGGAGGGCGAGAUGUACAAGGUCGUCAUGAACUCCUCGGCGAACGGCGCGCGGCCGACGUCGGACAAGUGGACGUUUCUGCAGGCACGCGACGUCUCGCUGAUCCACGAGCUGGACGCUGGGAAGUACAUUGUCGUGCCGCGCAUCAUGCCUUCGGAUGACCCGGUGGAGCCUGUACCGUACGUUCUGGGGAUGAUCUGCAGCAAGGAGGUCGGGAACGGCGACGUGAGCGUGAAGUUCAAGCGCCUGGACGCUGGCAACCGCGUGUUUGAGAACUUCCCGAAGUUCGAGCCGGAGCUGAUGGAGGUGGAGCAGCCGGUCCAGUACCAGAAGCGCGCGCCGGGCGAGGCAUUCCCGAUGACGCAGAUGGGGGAGGAGCUGAUGUAG